AUGAAUCGAUAUACAGAAUUUGAAUGUGAAAACAAAAAUCUAAAGCCAGUUGCUGGUUACUGGUUUCAUCAACUGGUUUCUCUCGAAGAAGCAUUGAAGCCUCUCUUGUCCGAAAUCAAUGAAUUACAACGUUCUAUCAAGGAAGCUAAAAAGCAUUGCACUUAUCCAUCACAAGAUAAUCUCACUCGUGAUGAAUCUGCUGCUUUAUUAUUAUAUACUAUGGAAGGUGGCGACUAUAGUUUUUAUCGCCACUUGAAUCAAAUACUGAGAAAGGAAGAUCGGAAUAAGAUAAAGCCAUGGUUUGGUUAUCUCAAACUAUUCGACAAGGCACUCAAUAAACUGCCUACAGUAAAAGGUAUCGUUUGGCGAUCUGUACCUGGCAAUGUCGCAAAUAAUUAUAAGAACAACGAACUAUUGACUUGGUGGAGUAUUACUUCCUGCUCGUCAUCGGCAGAGGUCGUGAAAGCAUUUUUAACACCAAAUCAAGAAGCAACACUUUUCAUGAUUGAAGCUGUAAAUGGAAAAAAUCUUGCUGAUUAUACCAUGUUUCCAGGUGAACAAGAAGUUAUAUUGGGAGUUGGAACUCAAUUACGCGUCAAAGAUAUCGGAUUCCAACAUGGCAAUCUGUGGGUAGUACAUUUGGUAGAAGUAAAUGACAAUGUUGAUGAUGAUCAGAAAAAAUUAGAAGCACCUAUACCUACAACAUAUGAAACACCAAAACCAUUUAAACCUAAUAGCCAAGCAAUGCUUCGUAAGUCACUCAUCUGUUUCCCUUGUUUUUACUAGAAAUGAAAGGAGAACAAACUGAAACGAUAAAGUCGAUGUAAAUGUGUGGUGGAAUUAUGAGUGCUACUGCUAUAUUUCUUUCUAGUGACAUGCAAACUCUACAAACAAAAGCUUUUGUCGGAAUCCAGUGAACAGUUUCCGAGUUUGCCACCAUAUGUAACUCUUAAUAGGUUUUCUGUCAGCAGAAAUUCUCGCAAUUUUGAAAAUCACUCACAAUUAGCGCAGAAUGUGUCCGGAUACUUAACACCCCUGUCACUCCUUCCUCAAAAAGCAAUUUCGAUUCAUAAGCCUCGAAUAGUUUUUUCUAUAUU